UCAGACUCAUGUUGCUGUGCUGCUCGUGGAAUGGCUGUGUGCAGAUAUCAGUAAUCUGAUAAUUUGGGUGUCACGAUGGAAUUAACAGCCUGCCACAGAAUGAAGAAGGGUGAGCUAGCGCCACUGGAGCGGCAGUCGAAAGUCAGAGAGCAUGAGGAGGGGGAGGAGGAGGAGGAGGAGGUGUACUGCAUCUGCCGCUCAGCCGACAGCACUCGCUUCAUGAUUGCCUGCGACAAUUGCGAGGAGUGGUACCACGGCGACUGCAUAUCCGUCACCGAGCGCGAGGCCAAGCACAUCAAGCGCUUCUACUGCCACCGCUGUCGUAAGCGGGAUCCCGAGCUGAAGAUCCGCUACAAAGACAAGAGCCGCGGCAGCCGACACGGCGACGAGCGCGGCGAGAAGACGGAGCGCAGCGAGAAGAGCGACAGGAGCGAGAAGGCUGAAAGAAGUGAAAAGGCCGACAAGAGCGAAAAGGUCGACAAGAGCGAGAAGACGGACAAGAGCGAGAAGGCCGACCGGGGCGAGAAGGCUGAGAAGAGCGAGAGAAGUGACAAGAGCGACAAGGGUGAGAAGCGACCCCGAGAAGAGCGCGACAAGCACCGCGACUCGAAGAAGGCGGCGCGCGCUGAGCGUGAGUCGGUGCCGCCGCCGCAGCCGCCGCCCCCAUGUGUCAAGCCCAGCCGGCAGGGAAGCCGCUACUGCUCCGAUCAGUGCGGUCUUAACCUGGCCAGGAACAGGAUCUUCCAGGUGCUGCCUCAGCGCAUCCAAGAGUGGAACAUGACACGCUGCGUGGCCGAGGACCGCAACAUGCGCACCCUGGAGCGCAUCCGGCGCGAGCAGCUGGAGGCGCAGACGCAGCUGGAGCGGCUGACGCGCUCGCACCACGAGCUGGACCGUGUGGUGGACCGCGGUCGGCGCGGCACGGUCGACCCCUCGGCGCUGGAGGACGACACCGAGGAGGAGCAGCACAGCGUCCACUGCGUCACGUGUGGCCACGAGGUGGCCACCAGGAACGCCGUGCGCCACAUGGAGAAGUGCUUCGGCAAGUACGAGAGUCAGACGUCGUUCGGCUCGCUCUACCAGACGCGCGUGGAGGGGUUCAACAUGUUCUGCGACUUCUACAACGCGGCCAACAGGACGUACUGCAAGCGGCUGCGCGUGCUAUGCCCCGAGCACAGCAAGAACCCAAAGGUGUCUGAUGACGAGGUGUGCGGCUGCCCCCUGGUGGCGGACGUCUUCACGUCAAUAGGCCAGUUCUGCCGCGCCCCGAAGAAGAAGUGCCUAAAACACUUCAGCUGGGAGAAGCUGCGCCGCGCCGAGCUCGACAUGGAGCGGGUUCGCUGGGCGAUGAAGAUGGACGAGCUGCUGGAACAGGAGCGGCAGUGCCGGCAGAGCAUGGCCAACAGGGCCGGCGUGCUGGCGCUGAUGCUGCACUCCACCUUCGACCACGACGUCAUGGAGAAGGUGCAGAGCCAGCAGAAGAAGAUGGCCAGCAAGGUGAAGGUCAAGGUGUCCUAGAGUCAUGCCAGGGAGGUGACUGUUCCGCGUGCAAGGUGGUCAGGGGGUUGGCCCACCAGUGGGACACCUUCGGUGUUAGCAGGAUUGCAGCCGCGCUGAGGUGGCUGGCCGCCACAUGAUAUCUCGGGUUAACCUGAGCUGGCUUGGGCUGCCCAACAACCGUGGCAGCCAUGCUGUAUGGGCUCGAGGUGUCCUAAAGAUCGGAAUUGUAGUUCUCCGAGUCCCCCAGAUGAGCGUGUCCCCCUCAAGAGGUCCAACUGAAUGCUAUGCCGCGAAAGGUGGCCUUGAU